ACAACGCUCCUGUGGGCGCACACAGGUCAGUUCAGACGACCCGCUGCGGCAAGAAGGAAACUUAUUAUCAUCUUCAUAUCCAACUGUAUAUUUCGCGAUGCUUUGUAGCGAACAACGGAUCCGAGAUUUUUCUAUUCCUCUCUGGAAAUGAAGGACAUAUUCACUCCAGAUUGAAAAGGCGAUCCAUGUAUGACUUUCACUCAUUCAUUUUUUUAAACUCAUCAAUUAGAGUUACAACUUAUACUGUAUUUUCUUGCUUUUACCGGAGUUUUGACACGUACGAUGGCCGAUAACAAACACCCGCACGUUAUUUACUGCAACGACUCGCCUAAAAGAGUUUUGGUGUCCGUUAUUAAGACCACACCGAUCAAACCCAGGAAAGCGGAGGCCCUGACGCCGACAAGUCCCGGUUUUAGCGACUUCAUGGUCUACCCGUGGAAAUGGGGGGAGAACGCCCACAAUGUGACCCUGAGCCCGGGCUCAGUGAGCGGGGCUUCGUCACCGACCGGAGCCCAGACUACCAGGGAAGUGGACACGGAGCCUACACCUGAACAGAUCAGGGAUGGCAUUCGCAGAGGGCGUCCACGGGCUGACACUGUCCGGGAGCUCAUAAACGAGGGGGAGACUUCAGCCAGCCGUAUUCGUUGUAACAUCUGCAACCGAGUGUUUCCCAGAGAGAAGUCUCUGCAGGCUCACAAGAGGACACACACAGGAGAGAGGCCCUACCUGUGUGACUACCCAAACUGUGGGAAGGCGUUUGUGCAGAGUGGUCAGCUGAAGACGCACCAGCGGCUGCACACUGGGGAAAAACCCUUUGUCUGCUCGGAUAAAGGAUGUGGCAAUCGGUUCACACAUGCCAACCGUCACUGUCCCAAGCAUCCUUUCUCCCGUCUGAAGAGAGAGGAACCAAAGGAGGGCCAGGGGAAAUCUCAGUCUGUGGAUAACAAGGCUGUGGCAGAGUGGCUGGCAAAGUACUGGCGAACCCGUGAGGAGCGUGCCCCCACAACCACCAAGGGGAAGCCACAGGGUAAGGCAAGAGCAGAAGACCAGGAGCAGCAGGAUCCCAUGGAGUUUCUCCAGUCCGAUGAAGAGAACGGGGAAGAGGAAGAGUCAGCAGAGGAAGAGAAGGGCACCCAGGGAGGAGCCGCCAAGCGUCGGCUCCAGGAGCAAAGAGAGCGUCUCCACGGUGCUCUGGCACUCAUUGACCUGGCCAACAACCUGUCUGCCUGAACACCCCCCACCCACUUCCUGAUCCUUGACAUUCCCUGUCCCUCAUAUCUCCAUACCCAAACCCGCCUUCCUGCAGUAUGUGCUGUGGCUAGAAAGUGUUGAGAAAUGCAGAUCAAUGACUAGUUUAGUUCAUUCCAUCAAGUUGUGACAUCAGACUUUGAGAAAGAGCUGAAUUGGCCUGAGGUCAGUGUUAUGCACAGCAUCAUCUUUACCCCUCACAGCACCAGGAAGGCACAAGCUAAAGCACCUUAUUCAGCUUCCAUUGUAUCCUUUUAGGCUGCUAUAAUUGUAGAUUUGACUAUAUGAAGAAUGUCUUUCUUGCUCCUGUCUUCUAAAGGCAAAGUAAGAGUACCUAUUAUGUUUUUUUAUUUGUUUUGUUUGCACUUUGAUGGUAACGAGUUUGUUGAGUGUAUUGUGAGUGUAACCGAGUGUGUAUGACUGAUGUAUAUAUGGAGUAAGCUCAGAUGGACAGAAUGAUACAGGGUAUGGUCAAACAUAGGAAAUGUUAAGUUGCAUUCAAACUGUCAGAUGGCCUCUCAUCAUGCUCCCAGGUUUCAUCUCUAGCAUUGUAAGCACAAUUUCUCUCCCACUGGCUACAGCAGUGGUGGUAGAAAUGCACCGAGAAACAUUCAGAUAGUUUAAGCUUCACCUAUACGGCACAAUGUGCGUUGGUGGACUAAAGGAGACAAACCAAGCCUGGGGAGCUGGAUCAGUCUGGCAUGUAACGUGGUCAUUUUUAUAUGCGAAUGAGAGGUGAUCAUUGCAAGCCUAAUCCAGAAGUCAAACAUCCACACUUUGACAGUUUCACCACUUCAUCAUGAUAUACACAUAAUUGACAUACAGCGAAUUACAUUACCAGAGGCACACAGAAAAUGUUCACCUGGAGCUGACCAUGCUGUACUUAUAUAAUUAAGUAAUUUCAAUAUUUAAAGGACCAGUGUACCUUUAAUGACAUGCCAUAUUUCCAUUUUAACAGCUGUUUUUCUGAAAGAUACAGGAAAUGUGUGAAGAACCUGUAGAACUAAAGUUUUCCAACCAGACGGGAGAUAUUUUACUAUUAUGUCGGUCGCCUUUUAUAUUAAAGGGUGCCAGACCACUUACGAUACAAACAUUUAAAUUAUGAUAUAUUUAUUUCACCAUAUUUUUAUACCGGCUAACAUUUCUGUUUAACUUUUGAUAGCCCUGGAAUCUUUUGAAAUAUUCAGACACCAGCAAAAAAAAUAAAAAUCAGCCAAGUUUUAAAAACAUGUUAAAUCCAUUAAGAAUAUUUAGCAUACAUUUUGACACCACAUUGAUUUUUAUUUCGCAUUUACACUCCUUAUUAAGUCUGGGAUUAAGCUUGCAAUGCACUGAAGAUUAGAUUUGUCGUACGUGUCCAAGAAAAUGGCACCUGUUUUUGACGAACUGGUUUUUGUAGUGCUGGGUGUUUUUAUUUUAUUUUUUAAGCAACACUACAUCCUUCAACACUAUGAAGCCUCUCAUAACUGCCCUGUCAAUAACCUGUCACUCUAGCUGUGAUGUUUGAAUCUGUUUGAUUAAAAAGAUGACCCUUGUGGAGUUAUGGUGAAACUGGAAGGCAAGUGAAUUGUUGAUAAUCAAAGCACCAAAUGAUUUAUUUUUUACCCAAUUAUAGUAUAUUUUGAAACAUUUCUAACCCUUAGUCUAUUUUGUGGUUUGAGAAGAUUAUGGCAUUUAAUAUAUACACAUUGUGUUUGUUAGAAUAUUGAGUGUGCACAAUUUACGGAGAGCUUUGAACUUUAAGCUUCUCCCCUAACAUCCUCCGACAGUUUUCAUGUUUUUGACAUGUAUAUAGAGUGAUCGUGCUUGCUUGGUAGACAUUUUAUUACACAUUUUAAAAAGGUAAGAUUUCUCUGACAGGCUGUCCACACUGUUCUAUAAUUGUUGGUUUUCAAUAAAUGUUCACUGUACCUGA